AUGAUCGCAGAGAUUCCAUCAGUUGCCAUUGAUAAAGUUAAUAUCUGGAACAACACUUCACUAAUUCACGACGAGGUAUUGGCUUCGAGAUUAGGUUUGAUUCCUAUACAAAUAUGCCCUGACUGGCUUGCUUGGUACAAUGAGGCCGGUCCAGUAACCUAUGAUAGCGAAGGAAACCCAGAGUCGAAAUUUAAUAGCAGUAAUACAGUGGAAUUCUCAUUGCAAGUCAAGUGUGAGAGAAACCCAGAUGCCCCCAAGGACUGCAAAGACCCCAAUAUCCUUUAUCAACACGCUACUGUGUAUGCCAGUGACCUGAAAUAUGUUCCUCACGGAGACCAGCCAAGCUUUAUGAACCCAGCACCAACUGUUUCGAAUCCCGAUAUCAUCGUAGCCAAGCUCAGACCGGGUCAAGAAAUCACACUUUCUGCAUAUGCCAUCCUAGGUAUUGGUGCUGACCAUGCCAAGUUCAGUCCUGUUGCUACCGCUUCAUACCGAAUGCUGCCAGUUAUUGACAUCAUUGGCGAACCCAUCAAAGGCGACUUAGCCAAGAAGUUCCAAAAAUGCUUCCCAUCAGGAGUUGUGGGAAUCAACUCCAAGGGUGAAGCUUACAUUGCUGAUGCUAGAAAAGACACAGUUUCACGAGAGGUUCUCCGUCACGAAGAAUUUAACGGCCGUGUGAAGCUUGGUCGCAGACGUGACCACUUCAUCUUCAACAUCGAAAGCACUGGAGCCAUGCAACCCGACGAGAUCUUUGUCAAGAGUGUUAAGCACCUCCAGAACAAGGCCGAAGAGCUACUUAGCUACGACCUGGCCACCUCCACCUAG